AGAAUAGUUUUCAAUGGCUUAUCAUAGCAUAAAUAGAUUAUUAUUAAUAUUAUUUGCUUUAUUUGAUAUUUCCCUCAACACCAUAUUAUAUUGUCAUGGGGGCAAAACAUGUUGGCAAAAUUUUUUCAAUCUAUCCAAAUUUGAUAUUUAUCAUGAUAUCUUUGACACAUGGAUCAUUGGCAUUAUAAGGGCCUUUUCAUUAUUGGGAUUUGGAUUGUCAUUAUUCUGUAUGUUUAAAAAGUUUAAACAUUUAAAUGUGUUUAAAAAUUUUAUGAUGAUAUUUUCAUUAUUAUCCUAUACUUAUUUGAUGAUUAAAUUGUUGGUCAUGUCUGAAAAAAUCUUGAAAUGGAAUGGUAGACCAUAUUUUUGGUGUCAUUUCACAUGGACUUUGACUGCCAUUAUUACAACCUACAUGUUAAUUCACAUUAAAAUUAAGGAAAUUGAAAAACAACACAAACUCCCUAAAGAGGUUGUUUCUAUUUUAAAAUCCUCUAUUCAACAAAAACCAUUAUUAAUUUCUAACAAUGAUAACUCAUUUAAAAAAUUCCAAACCUCAAUAUCUCCUGUCUCUAAACAUUCCCAUAUGAAUCAGAUAAAUAGUGCAGAUGAUAAUAUUAUCAAAGAUAGAAUAUUUCAAAAACGUGUUAAAGAAUUAAAAAAAGGACGUAAAAAUGAUAAUAUAGUUCAGCAAACUCAGGAUCAGAAAAGAAAAGAUAGUGGAACAAAUGUUGACAUUCCCCUUUUGUCAUCAAGUGCUGACAGUGAUAUUGCUAAUAAAUAUAAUAUUAAUUCAAAUGGUACAAAUCAAAUAAAUGUAGAAAAAUUGAACAAAAUAGAUGAAAAUGAAACUGAUGGUUCUGAAUUAAUUUCUUCCUCUACUAAGCAAUUAAUGAGCCCUAUUUUUAGAAUAUUUAAAUAUGCAUUGCCAGAUUAUCUUAUAUAUUUAGUGGCAUUUUUCUUCUUAUUUUUAGCUGCUGUUGCAGAUAUAUUUCAACCUUUUUACAUGGGGCAGGUCAUUGAUAGCAUUGUAAUUGGGAAAUCAGAAAAAAUGUUUGCCCAUGCAAUUCUUAUUAUGAGUAUAAUAUCUUUUAUAUCAGCUUUUGCCUCAGGAGUAAGAGGUUGUUUUUUCACCAUAUGUAUAUCAAGACUUAAUAUACGAGUACGAAAAACGCUUUUUGCAUCUCUACUACAUCAAGACAUGGCCUUUUUUGAUGAAGUGAAAACUGGUGAACUAACAUCUAGACUUUCAGCUGAUACCUCAACAUUAAGUGAUUUAAUCGGUGUUAAUCUUAAUAUUUUUCUUAGAAGUAUUGUCAAAGGUGCUGGUGUUUGUAUAUUUAUGUUCACAAUCUCUUGGCAGAUGAGUAUGAUAACUGUUAUGGCCCUACCACUAUUCUCUUAUCUCUCAAAGGUUUAUGGCAAAUUUUAUGAACGGCUAUCUGAAAAAACUCAACAAUCAUUAGCAAAAUCAAAUGAUACAACUCAAGAAACUUUAUCAAGCAUCAAAACUGUAAAAAGUUUUGCCGGUGAAAAUUCUGAAAUAUUGAGAUAUUCACGAGAUCUUAAAAGGACUUAUCGAUUAAUGAAGCGGGGUGCAUUACUUUAUGCAGGAUAUAUGUGGUCUUCAAAGACUUACGAACUGGCUAUUCUUAUUUUGAUCUUGUACUAUGGAGGUCAUCUUGUGUUGACGAACCGCAUUACGGGGGGUAAUUUCGUUUCCUUCCUUCUGUAUCAACUUCAGUUAGGGGAGGCCAUCGCCAGCAUAGGAAACGUGUUUACGGCGCUGAUGCAGGCCAUAGGAUCCUCAAGAAAGGUAUUCGAGUUGAUUGAAAGAAUUCCCACUUUUAAUAUGGAAUCUGGUCGUUACAUACCCCAAAAGUUUAACGGAAAAAUCACGUUUUCCCAUGUCUAUUUUUCGUAUCCCACACGCAAAAAUGUGACAGCUUUAAAGGAUGUUUCAUUCGUCGUAGAGCCGGGAGAAAUAGUCGCUCUCGUGGGCCCAAGUGGAGGUGGUAAAAGUUCCUGCAUAGCUUUGUUGCAAAAUUUCUAUAAGCCCGCUAAGGGUUACGUGAUGAUAGACGACGUUCCUGUUUCGGAAUACGAUCAUACUUAUCUUCAUCAAAAAAUGGCACUUGUUUCUCAAGAACCGACCCUUUUCGCUAGAACUAUCAGAGACAACAUUUCGUACCCAUACACGCGCCGCAAAAUAGCCCAAAUAACUGGAGCCUUUGGGACCGUCAGCGCUAUUUUUACGCAAAAAUUAUCUGACUUCCAAGACAUUAUAAAACGCAACAAAAGGAAGGAUACUAUUUCCAUUUCUCACGCACCUUCCUUGGCCACUAAUAAUUUAUUCGGUUCUACACCUAACGGAGAGGAUCGGAAAAGGGAUAAAAGUCCCGACAUCGGAGACGAAAGAGCGGAGGAUUAUCUUGUGGACAAGGAGGACUUAAAACUGCUUACUAUGGAUAAGAGCGAAAUAGCCGAGAAAAGGAAAAACCUCAAGAAGAGGGGCAAGAAAACCCCUAUUAAUGAUAAUAAUAUCGAAGCCUCUGAACCUAUUCCGAUCACUUUGAAUACCAUAAACGCCAGAGAAAAACUACUGUCGAGCCGUUUAGGCGGUAUAUUUUCUGAUCCCAGAUACAACACAUCCCUCCAAUCACUUCUUAAUACAUCCAAAUCGCGUAUAUCUUCCGAAUACCGUAAAUGGUUGUGUUACUACAGUUGUUGCCCUUAUAAGAGUCCGGCGUCAAAUGGAAGGAUUGACGGAGGACCAAAACAAUUGGAAGUUAAUCCCAUAGGUAUAGUGAUCGGCGAAGGAACUGGCCUACAGCAAGAUGAGGAAUCUGGCGAAGACCCGAAAUUAGUCGAGGCAGCCAAACUUUCCAAUGCCCAUCAGUUCAUAUGUGGCCCCAUGGGUGGGUAUGGCGUCGAUAUAGGAGAGAAGGGUUCACAAUUAUCUGGAGGCCAAAAGCAACGCAUAGCCUUAGCCAGAGCCUUGGUGAGAGACCCCACAAUCCUUUUACUAGACGAAGCCACUUCGGCAUUAGACGCGGAAUCCGAAUAUUUAGUUCAAGAAGCAAUUACUAAAAAUUUGAAAGGAAAAACUGUGCUUAUUAUUGCCCAUAGGCUCAGUACAGUUCAAUCUGCCAAUAGAAUCAUAGUCUUGGAGAAUGGCGAAGUAGUUGAACAAGGUACUCAUAGCAAGCUGUUAGCUAGAGGAGGUGUCUAUACUCACCUUGUGCAAAGACAAUUGCAAGGUUACAACAAAAGUAAUGGUAAUGAGGAGCCCUCAAAUGACACAAAUAAAAAAGAUGGAGAUUCUGAUCAUUUUAGUCAUCAUUAUAGUAAUGUUGACAAUUAUACAAAAAAUGAACAUGAUAAUUAUAUUAGCGAGGAAGACGAAAAUUCUGAUUCUUGGAACAGAAAAAGGUACGAACCUCUAAAAUCGGACGAAUCUGCAGAUAGCAAGGAUAUGAUAGAUUCUCGCCAUAAAUCUGUGUCCGCCCAAGAUAUGCACCAUCGACAUUUCCCUUCCAACUUACCUCUAACCUACCCCGGCGGUUCAAACGUGCACGCCACCAAACAUUUCGAUGGAAGCCCCAACGAAUCGGAAAAGGUUUUUUCCAGCUCAGAGAUACCUACUUCUCAAAUUUCGUUGACACCUAAAAUGGCCUCCAGUCGGUUUGUCACGCUCGGUAUCAAUAAACCAAGGUCUGAUGAUAAUACUUCUACCUCUUCGUUGCCAAUGAAUAAAGAAGAUAUUUAAUAAGAUUUAAAAAGCACCUUUUUUAUAUAGUGUUUUUAUUAAUAUUAUAAAAAAUAAUAUAAAUCUCGUUAUUCUUCACAUGUAAUAUAAUAUAUUAUGAGAUUUGCGAAGACGUAAAGACGUUCAAGACGUGUAAAGUUAGUUUUAUUAUUUAGGGUAUUUUUUUAACCUAAUAGAAUUAUAUAUGGAUUAUUUAAGUAUUUUUAUAAAGGUAAAUGAGUAUAUAUAGAUUGAUUUUAUUUUCAAAGGUUUACCUUUAAUAUGUAAUU